AAUAAAAUGCCUGAUACACAUCACUUAUGAAGUAAAGUCAGGGUUAUUUUGGCAUGGUUCUGCAGGUUCAAGUCCAACAUUGGACAGCCACAUACAUGAUUUGGAUCUCAGGUGAGAAUGACAUAUUAUGCCAAGAACAAAACAGAGAGAGACUUCAACAGAGGUGCCACUAUCCCCAUUAAGGACAUACCCCAAUUAUCUAAGAACCUCCUACUUGGCCUCAUUUCUUAAAGGUCCAAAGCACCUACCUAUAGCACCACCCUGGAGACCAAGCCUUUACAUUAUAGACCUCUGGAGAACACUCAUAUAAACCAUAGCAAUCUGCAUAUAUAAUUUUAGAAUGUUUUAAAUAAAUAUAUAUAACUAUAAAAUGAAGAAUACAAAACAAAUUUCCUAAUCUAUUGAAGUAAUACAAAGUCCCUGUGGGACAAAAGACAUGGAACAUCUGCAUCAUCAGAUGUGGGGAUUACCAACUCAUGUGUAUCAUACUUCUGCUUCUUUGCACUUGGGAAAUUUUAAGACAAUGGAUACCAAUGUGAUCAUGUUCUUAUUCUCCUAUCUUUAAGAAAGGAAAUGGAACCUAUCAAACUAACAUUCUGGUGAAGCAUUACAUCCUAACAUCUAAAAAAAUUACUUCUUCUAACAUGUAAAUCUAUUUCUCAUAGUGUAGGUUACAAUAAGGAACUAAAAUUUCCAAGUAUAUCAGGGCAAUAGAAUUAAAAUACUUGCUCUCUCUGAGGCCUCAGGAUUUGUUUCAUAUUGUAACAAAUUGAUCUGAAUUUCAAAGGAGUCAUGUCCAUGUUGCAUGAGGUUUAUCAGCUAAGGUGGGUCUGUGAAAUAAACCAUUGUUAACACUGGAUAAAAGGGAUGCAAAUACUCAGCACUACCAUCUCAAGAGGAAGGAAGUAAAAUGAUAAAAGAUGGAAAAAGAUUCUCAUAGCUAAGUCUUAAAUACACCCACUAUAUGUCCAGCUCUCUGCUAAAUGUGUGAGAUUUGGAGUCCAAGCCUUCUUUUUCAGUUAUCAAAAGUGUGGGUGAUACAGAUGAAAAUUGAAAUUUUGAAUGCAAAGAUGGACACCACACUGUCAAGGGAAAAUUGGGAAUGAGUUAGGUGUUGAAGAGAAUGAGACUUUUUCCACCUAAAGAAAAAACUUUUUUAGGUUUUUUGCAUUUCAUGUCAGUCAGCCUACAUGUGUUGCUGCUUAGUGUUUUGUCAUUUCCUAAUCUUGUUAUUUCCUGGAGUGAGGAAAAUAGACAAGUUGUACAGUAAACUCCCUUAAUCUUAUGCAAGAAGGGAAAUCCUGAGUUAAAUGCACAGUCACCAAACAAGCUAAUCUAUGUCUACUAGUGUUGAACUAUCUAAAAGGAAAUAAAGUGUUGAUCAUUCAUGAUUCAUUUUCCCUGGAAUCUUACAAACUGAACACUCCUGCACCCAGAAACUGAGAAGGGAGAGAGAAAGAAAGAGAAUGAAUUCAUCCAAAUCAUCUGCACUACAAUGCACAGAGAGAAGAUUCUUCUCUUCCCAGGCAUUCUUAUGGACUGUGGCCAGUGCCUCCAUCCUGCUUCUCAGUGCCUGUUUUAUCACCAGAUGUAUCGUGACAUAUCACAACUUUCAAAUUUGUGAUGAGAAAAAGUUCCAACCACAUGAGAAUUUAUGGGAGCUCUCCUGCAAUAAUGAUGGUUCAGGAUCAGUGAAGAAUUGCUGUCCAUUGAACUGGAAACAUUUUCAAUCUAGCUGCUAUUUCUUUUCUACAAACACCAUGUCCUGGUUAUCAAGUUCAAGGAACUGCUCAGGCACGGGAGCUCAUCUGGUGGUUAUCAACACACAGGAGGAACAGGAAUUCCUUUACCAUGCAAAACCUGAAAAGAGAGAGUUUUUUAUUGGACUGACAGACCAAGUGGUUGAGGGUGAGUGGCAAUGGGUGGAUGGCACACCUUUCACAGAGUCACUGAGCUUCUGGGAUGCAGGAGAGCCUAACAAUUUAAUUACGCUGGAGGACUGUGCCACCAUCAGGGACUCUUCAAAUGCAAGGAAAAACUGGAAUGAUAUACCCUGUUUCUACAACAUGUUUUGGAUUUGUGAAAUGCCAGAAAUAAAUGCUGCAAACUAACAUAAAUCUUUAAGAACUAUUUGCAUGACGUAAAUAUAUAAAUGAUAAGGAACAAGAACAUGAACAUAUCCAUAGCCCAACAAGAGAAAAUAGUCAUUGUAUACCAUAAGGACUUCAUAAGUAUUCAUUACUCAGAUAUAAAUAAAACAAGUGUUUUUCAAUGUUUUAAUUUAUGAUGCUGACUGAAGUACAUUCUCCUCCAUGUUAGUUCCUCCUCUCAGAAUUUUCAAAGCAAUCCACUAGUCAUGGGAAUCAAGGAACUCUCCUUUUGAUACACUCGCCUCAUUGGUAUUUAUAUGAAAGUACAGGGACACAGAGCAAGUACAGAGUAAAACAAAGAAGAUUUUGGAAAAUUCCUUUGAAUGAUUGCUUGGUUGUCCCUUUCUGGCUCCUGGAAAGCCUGUCUUUUCUCAUGUUGUUUUUCAUCUCCUGUCCAAACAUACAUCUUCUCUAUGUUUUCCUGUAUA